ACCGAAAUUAGGGCUAGAAAUAAUUUGGUCACUCUAAAGUUUAUUAUUGAAAAUAAUUGUUCUUUGAGGGGUAGAAAUAUGAAUUCCCUAAAUAAUAAUACCUUCGCACAAAGACCCUCAACAAAAAUAAAAAUUUCAAAUUGGUCCCUUACGUAUAUAAAGUUUGGCUGUGUUGAAAUUAGGGCUCUGAUUAUCUGCAUCACACCCACCGUUUCCAUUCUCAGUCGUUAGUACCUUUCUGAGUUUCUCUGUACACUCAAAAACAAAAUUACAGCAAUCAAUCAUCAUCACUUUUCUUCUGCAAUAAAGUACAAUCAGUAUAUUCCGUGAACAGCUGUUGCGCAAUCUCUGGCUGUUCAAAAUUUCCCAAUCCGGUUCAGCAAAUGGAAAAUGGGGUAAUUGAAUUCGAUAUUGGUUUAAGCGGCGGAGAUGACGGCAUCGACAUCGAAACCCCGAACGACGACGGCGAAGAAAUGGGCGGCGCUUCUCCCAACGACGCCAAUUCCAUCGGCAGCGGCAGCGGCGGCGAUGCCACUUCGUCCUUCUCCCUACACACCUACCUCCCCGACGGCGACAUUGAUCUCGAGCCCUACGAGGGUAUGGAGUUCGAGUCUGAGGAGUCCGCAAAAGCCUUCUACAACUCGUACGCGAGAAGAGUCGGGUUCAGCACCCGGGUCAGCUCCUCACGCCGCUCCAGAAAAGACGGCGCUAUCAUACAGAGAUCCUUCGUCUGUGCGAAAGAAGGAGAUUCUGGAAAAUGGGUCGUCUCGGGAUUCGUCAGAGAGCACAAUCACGAACUUGUUCCUCCAGACCAAGUGCAUUGCCUCCGCUCCCACCGCCAAAUAUCAGGCCCCGCCAAAACCUUGAUCGACACUCUGCAGGCUGCCGGAAUGGGCCCACGUAGGAUCAUGUCCGUGCUCGUUAAAGAGUAUGGUGGGAUUAGCAAAGUAGGCUUCACCGAAGUGGAUUGCAGAAACUACAUGCGUAACAAUCGGCAAAGAAACAUGGAGGGGGAUAUUCAGCUUCUAUUAGACUAUCUAAAGCAGAAGCAAUCCGAAAAUCCUUCGUUCUUCUAUGCUAUCCAAGGUGAUGAAGAUCAGUACACGGGUAAUGUUUUCUGGGCCGAUCCGAAAUCAAGAUCCGAUUAUAACCAUUUUGGAGAUACAGUCACAUUCGACACUACUUACAGAUCGAAUAGGUAUAGAUUGCCCUUUGUGCCAUUUACUGGAUUGAACCAUCAUGGACAACCUGUGCUCUUCGGCUGUGCUUUCCUAAUCAACGAAUCGGAAGCAUCAUUCGUCUGGCUAUUCAAAACUUGGCUGUCUGCUAUGUUUGGCCGUUCUCCAUUAUCAAUCACCACCGAACACGAUAGUGUCAUCCGCUCGGCUAUAAUGCAGGUUCUCCCAAAUACUCGCCACCGUUUCUGCAAAUGGCACAUGUUCAAACAGUGCCAGGAGAAACUGUCACAUGUUUUAUUACAGCACCCUCAGUUCGAAGCAGCCUUUCAGAAGUGUGUGAACUUGUCCGAGAGCGCAGAGGAAUUCGAAUCCAGCUGGCAUUUGCUUCUCGAUAAGUACGAACUAGUGGAUCACAGUUGGCUCCAGUCUAUCUAUGCGGAUAGAAGGCAGUGGGUCCCCGUGUAUCUCCGUGACACGUUCUUUGCCGAAAUGUCUGUCACGUAUAUGAAUUCAUACUUUGACGGAUAUGUGAAUGCCUCCACGAACCUGAAUCAGUUCUUCAAGCUGUACGAGAAGGCUUUGGAGAGCCGCCACGAGAAGGAAGUGAAAGCCGAUUUCGACACGAUGAACACUUCUCCGGUUCUGAAAACGCCUUCUCCAAUGGAGAAACAAGCAUCGGAGUUCUACACGAGAAAGCUGUUUACGAGAUUUCAAGAAGAAUUGGUCAGCACACUCACUUUUACAGCAUCCAAAGUGGAUGACAAUGGAGAAGUCACCACUUAUCGAGUGGCGAAAUUUGGUGAAGAGCAUAAAUUUUACCAUAUGAGUAACAAUGUACUUGAGAUGAGAGCUAGUUGCAGCUGUAGAAUGUUCGAGUUUUCGGGGCUUCUUUGCAGACACGUGUUGGCCGUUUUUAGGGUGACAAAUGUUCUUACACUUCCGUCUUAUUAUAUAUCGAAAAGAUGGACGAGAAAUGCGAAAAGUAGCGUUGUAUUGGAAGAACGGGCUGUAGAUCCGUUCAACGGUUAUUUGGAGUCUCAUACCGUUCGGUACAAUACCCUCAGGCACGAGGCUUUCAAAUUUGUGGAUGAAGGAGCUGAGUCUGUUGAAUCGUACAAUGUGGCUAUGGCGGUUUUGAUGGAGGCUUCGAAUAAAGUUGCUUGUGUUGUAAAGAAUGAGGGGAAAGCUUCUGUGAAUAAUGGUCCUAUGAGGAAUAAGUCGAGUUAUUGUAGGAGCGAAGGUGAAGGCAGCUCAACUCAGCAACUAUCUGAGGCCGACAUGGAUCAAAAGAUCAACGAACUUUCGAUGGAUCUGGAGUCUGCGAAUCGCAAAUGUGAAGUGUACCGCACGAACCUCCUCUCACUUUUGAAGGAUAUAGAAGACCAUAAACAACGAUUAUCCAUUGAAGUUCAAAACAUAAAGCUGAGCAUGAAAGACGGACUUUGAAAAAGAGGUGCGGUUUUUGUUCUUCACUCUGCUCUAUACAUAUAUUGUCUGUGCAUAUUCUUUUAUGUCAAGUGUAAGGCCUAUUUGGGAAGGUGUUGUCAUCGUCUGCACUUAGGCAAAGAAGAUGAAACCGUUCGACUUUGCUUUUAGCAGAUAAUCUUGAAAUCGGUAUUUAGAACUCUGGCUGCUGAGUGAGUGAGUUCAUCAAAGUUUAAUCGGAGGUCAAAUGAUAGAGCAACAACUGAUCAAUGAUUGUGUAGUUUAGUGCAGCAUACGAGUCCGGAGUCUCUGUAAAAUUAGUGUAAAUACAAUGUUUUAUCCAUAGUUCAAAUACUCCCCACAACUACUGAUUUCUUCUCGAUCAAUAGGGUGAAUUGAAAUAUUUAUUUUUAUCGUGAGAAACGAUUUUGACAGUAGCAUAGUUGUGUGCUUUUUUAAUGUCAUUGUACUCUAUACAAUUUUUUGACUGCAAUCUGCAAUAAUAGAUAAAUUGCCC